UAUGUUUCCUGUUUCCGGUCGGAACUCUGAUUGGACUGACUGACUGUCGGCGAAUGAGAUAAACAAAGAGCCGGUGACUUUUAAAGACAUUUAGAAACACUUGCUAACCCUCUUCGGAAACAUGGAGACUGGUAUGUCAUGUGUUACUUUGUCUUAUUUCAUUCAUUGUCACUUGUAUAGCCAGCAUGUGGACUCAAUUUGCGUUCCUGGCUAAUGGCUAGCAAGCGAGCUAACGUUAGCCGGCUAGCUUUAUGUCACUUUUCAGAUAUACCAUUAGCUAGCCAGUUAGCUAAGUUAGGUAACAUAGCUUAGCUAACAUAGCAUAGCCAACCAGCCAGCUUUCUUAUGUGUAUUUUCACUUUGAUAAUGAGAUGACAGAAAAUGUUAGCUAGCUUGCUUCCCAGAUGUCAGUGCCAGAAAAGUUGAUGGUUUCUAGUAACUAACUAGCUAGCUAACGUUUGCUAACUCAAUGUAACGUUAGUCAACUAUCGGCUUGGCAGCUAACUGUGUUAGUUAGCCAGUCAGUCAGUUAACAUAGAAGGCAGCUCAACUUGCUAGCUAUCUAACCAACUUUUUAGGUGAGCAUUAGCCAGUGCUAGUCAAUAAAGGGAAAGUGGAUUUAACCCAACCCCUCUGAAUCAGAGAGGUGCGGGAGGCUGCCUUAAUCGACGUCCAGGUCAUCGGCGCCCGGGGAGCAGUUGUUGUUGGGGCUUAACUGCCUUGCUCAAGGGCAGAACGGCAGCUUUUGCCACCUUGCCCGCUCGGGAUUCGAACCAGCGACCUUAAGCUCUUAAUCGCUAGGCUACCUGCCGCCCCUUUAAUAAUGUGGGAAUAAAGUGAGACAAAGUGGGAAGCAGUGUUUGUCAACAAGCAGGCAGUGCACGACCAACCUAAUACUAAGCUAAGCUGUCAGGAUAUGCCCUCCCCUGGCACCAUAAAACAUUAGGCUACCAGACAGGGAAGGAUGUUUGACACUAUGUGACAACAGGUUUAUAGUGAUAGACUUUGAUCUUAUGGUGUGAUGCGAUUUGGUACCUUGUUGACCUCUGAAAGACUUGCACCCAAAGACCAGGAAAGAUGCUAAGUCAGUCAUAAAAGCUAUAUAACAACUCAUAUGUAAAGUUGCAAGUCACUCUAGACACCAUUUUGGCACCUUUCCAGACAAAACUAAAGUGACACUGACAGUCAUUCCCAUUCAUGCUUUUCCAUUCUGUGGAGGCUGCAUUAGAAUGGUCUCUCAGCCUAUCCCUGCGUUUGUAUGGCGACACACCCCUCUUGGUUAUGUACACUGAUUAAAUCAGUAUCUUCAUAAUAGGGUCUCUAUUAUCCAUUUACUGUAGCAAGUUGACAGUGUGGUGAAGAGUAUUGAGGCAUGUGAGUUUGUCAAUCCCUGUAGAUCUGGGAUGUAUUCACUAUGAAGCAAACAGCCGAAACAGGGAGGGACCUACCUCAAUUUGUCCAAUAAAGAACGCUAAUUUUCAUUGCAAACUGUUUGCUACGCUUUACUACGGUGUGGACUAAUGAAUACACCCAGGAAUGGCCAUGUAUUUAAACUUUUCUGUCAAUGGAAAAUAACCUAACAGACCAGAACCAAUAGGGCUUGAGUCAGGCAGUAUGCAUGAUUAAGCAAUGUUCUUCUCAGUGUUUAAUUGCUGUGCAGUAUUUUAUGGAAUGACACACCAGUAUUAUUUUAUCAGUGUACUUCUACUACAGAUAGUUCUAGUUUCGCAUAUACAAUACAGUGCCUUCAAAAAGUUUUCACACCCCUUUACUUUUUCCACAUUUUGUUGUGUUACAGCCUGAAUUUAAAAUGGAUUAAAUAUAUAUAUUUCUGUCACUGGCCUACACCAAUGUUCCCUACAUUUUUUAGGCACUGAGCAAAUUUCAGGUCUGUUGAGCGCAAACUUGAACAUAGUGAAAAUUCUGUGCAACUUCCGGCACGUGUUUACUGUGAACACUGAGGCUGUACCCACUUUAAGUUAGUUUUAACAGUGGUCAAGUAGGUAACUGUGGCUAUUUGAUCAAAAUGUGGGCCUACCAGAGUGACCUACCAUCAAAAACAAUGGAGAAAAUGCAUCCUAUAACAUUUUAACAUGGAAAUAGCAGUUCUAUCAUUCAGCCUACAGUAGCAGCUAAUGUGAUGUGUUCAAUGUAGGCCUACAUUCCUUGAGACUUUUGAAAAAAAACAUGCAUGGAUUGACAUUAACCUGUGUAUCCAGUUGUCCUUCAGACAAGUAGGUGACUGAAAAUGUUGUUGUUUGAUGCAAGAAACCACUUAUUACAGAGAAUCAGACAAAUUAUACUACCCUCUGCCUAUUGGCUACUUAGCUUAUUCAAGCCUGUCUCAAAAUACAACACUGCCCCUUUAAGAGGAAAAAAAAGCUCUUGACUCACUUUACAAAGUUGGCUAGAAAUGCACACGUUUUGUGCUCUUGUAGGAGCAAUCACUCCCCCAUUGCUGACUACGAAUUAUCUAUAACUGGUCUAAUAACUCACUAACUAGCGUAGGAUAUGAACAAAUGUGCACACGUGGAUACAUGUAGCUCUCACUUUGAUCUCAAAACAAGUGCAUCUACUCAUGACCGCUCAUGCUGUAAACACAGUCCAGUUCAAAGUGAAUGGCACAGAUCUAUAUAUUGCAAUGGUUAAUUUGCAUAUAGGCCUACUGCAGCUCUAAUUGGUUAUGGCGCACCGGUCUGUGUAGAGUACGGUCCUGAGUUGUGCCUGUCAAUGCAAUAGAAUCCCACUCAGAUGCGUUCUGCCUACAACAAAAUCUCUUGCAUAGUUUGUUUUGUUUCGGUAUGUUGCAUUGAAAGUGGCUAAUAUUGCAUUGAUUCGAUCACAAUUCCAACGGGUAAAGGGAAAUGUUUGAUAGUGUUAACUAAUGGGGAAAACUCUAGAAAGUUGAGUGAAGUUCAAUCUCGUGCUUCUCUGUGCAGGCUGAUAUAUUUUUUGCGAGGCAGUCCCGGGGGAGCUGCGCGCCCGCACACAGCUUAGUAAUUACACUUUGGAUGGUGUAUCAAUACACCCAGUCACUACAAAGAUACAGGCGUCCUUACUAACUCAGUUGCCAGAGAGGAAGGAAACACUCAGGGAUUUCACCAUGAGGCCAAUGGUGACUUUAAAACAGUUACAGAGUUUAAUGGCUGUGAUAGGAGAAAACUGAGGAUGGAUUAACAACAUUGUAGUUACUCCACAAUACUAACCUAAUUGACAGAGUGGAAAAAAGGAAGCCUGUACAGAAUAAAAAGAUUCCAGAACAUGCAUCCUGUUUGUAACAAGGCACUAACUUAAUACUGCAAAAAAUGUGGCAAAUCAAUUCACUUUUUGUCCUGAAUACAGAAUGUUCUGUUUGGGGUAAAUCCAGUACCACUCUCCAUAUUUUCAAGCAUGGUAGUGGCUGCAUUAUGUUAUGGGUAUGCUUGUAAUCGUUAAGGAGUAGGGAGAUUUUCAGGAUAAAAAAUAAAAGGAAUAGAGCUAAGCACAGGCAAAAUCCUAGAGGAAAACCUGGUUCAGUCUGCUUUCCACCAAACACUGGGAGAUUCAUUUAACUUUCAGGAGGACAAUAACCUAAAACACAAGGCCAAAUCUACACUGGAGUUGCUUACCAAGAACACAGUAGGGCUGUCUCCGACAAAUAAAAGUAAUAUUAAAAUGCAAAUCAAUUUAUAACAUUUUUGACAUGCGUUUUUCUGGAUUUUUGUUGUUGUUAUUCUGUCUCUCACUGUUCAAAUAAACCUACCAUUAAAAUUAUAGACUGAUCAUUUCUUUGUCAGUGGGCAAACGUACAAAAUCAGCAGGGGAUCAAAUACUUUUUUCCCUCACUGUAUGGUUAAUUUAUAAAGCCAGGCACAUCUAACAGUUAGUCUAUUGAUUAUAGACCUAAUUAAGUCAGUUUCCUCUCUCCUCACUUUUCUUAGACAAUUAAGGCAAGGGCUGUUUUCUCGUCUCCUAACUCCGCUGCUGCCUCCGCCGCAUUGUUCUCAACACCAAUAUGCUGGUUAACUUUGCUAUUAUGCACAUAGCAACAUGGUCCAGGAAAAGGAGCCAAUUCAACAGCUCACUGAUGUUUCAGUACCGCGGACAGCGACCGCUAUCCAACGUGGGACAAAGCACAUUUGUUAUAAAAUAAAAUAAAAAUGUAUUAGUGUUGCACCAUUGUUCUUACGUAAUAUAACCAUAUACAAUUUCAGUAGCACGUCUUAGUGAUAGACUGUGCCAUUCCCAUGGCCUCAACAAUGGAUUAGUCCACUCAGACAUGUGCCAAUUAGACAGGUGUCUUGUACACCAUGAUACAUUAUAUUUUUUUGCUUCUGCUCGGCUAAAGAAAUCUUGGUCCACCAACAGCCUAUCGACCAAACAAUCGACCAGUCGACUAAAUGGGGUCAGCCCUGGAACACAUUGAAUGUUCCAAGUGGCCGAGUUACAGUUUUGACUUAAAUCUACUUGAAAAUCUAUGACAAGACCUGAAGACGAUUGUCUAGCAAUGAUCAACAACCAAUUUGACAGAGCUUGAAGAAUUUUGAAAACAAUAAUGGGUAAAUGUUGCACAAUCCAGUUCUUGAAAGCUCUUAGAGACUUACCCAGAAAUACUCACAGCUGUAAUUGCUGCCAAAGGUGCUUCUACAAAGUAUUGAUUUAGGGGUGUGAGUACUUAUUCAAUUUUCAAUACAUUUGCAAAAAUGUCUAAAACAUGUUUUCACUUCGUCAUUAUGAGGUAUUGUGUGUAGAUGGGUGAGGAAAAACAUUUAUGUAAUCCGUUUUGAAUUCAGACCGUAACACAUCAAAAUGUGGAAUAAGUCAAGGGGUAUCAAUACUUUCUGAAGGCAAAAUUGAUAAUUUCUGUCAAAAUAGGAUGUGAACAUAUUUGAAUUUGAAACCGAACUUGAAGUCCUGCUGUUUUGUACCACAUCGUCCGGUGUGGAGUGGACGAGGGCGGGGCAAGGCAUUAUUUGAAUGCUCCCUUUCUUGACAAUUCAAUACAGUACAACUUUAUUAGUCCUGUCCCGCUGCAAUUAGGAACCCAUUGCCACUUUGCCAGGUCAAACACAAAUAACAUCCUCCUUAUAUUACAGCUUUUCACCACUUUGUUUCAUCCAGACUGUUUCCAUUCCUAAUACACCCUGUCUAAGCCUGGUCCCAGAUCUGUUUCUGCGCUCUUGCCAACUCCUUGUCACGCUGAACAAUGUUUGGCAUGAGAAUUCCAUUACGAAGUUGGCAAGAGAGCAUAAAAAGACUGGUAACCAGGCUAACCCUGUCCCUGUCUCCUUAAAAAUUAUGACCUCUCUCUUGUCCUACUCAGGUCUGAGUCAGGAGAAGAUUGCCUCCUUUGUGAAGCGUUUGCGGGCGGAGCCCAGGUACCUGCUGGCCCAGAACGUGUCCACGUGCAUCGACCCGCUGGAGGUGUGUCUGCAUAGGCAGACAGUCCAGGACACCGUGCACAUAUUUCAGCAUUCCAUACCCACAGAGGGCAAGCCUAUCACCAACCAGAAAAACUCAGGUACACUUACUUACAGAUACGGUCAAAUGUAUUGGCACCCUUGCACUUUACAAUGGAGUGCAAUGGAGCACAAUGUUCUGUAGCCACCUAAAUUACAGAUAAUUUAGUCCAGGCCAUUUUUGACUUUGAAGUGAAAAAUCUCAAUUUCAGUUUAGAAUAUAUUUUUUUGUCCUGUGCAGCUGUAAAUCAAACAAAUACAUGUUUAAACACAAAGUUUUUCAAUUUCAACAAUUAUUCUGUGAAGAAAUUGUGUUUUAUUCAAGGGUGCCAAUAUAUUUGACACCCAGCAUCUGCAGCUAAUUCAGAGGCCUGGCCAUGUACAAAGACUGCACAGUAGUGUUAGAGGGUGCUUCCAAACUAAAAUUAACGAAAUAGGUCUACGUACCUGAUGCAGAGAUGUGGUGGCUGCUUCCCAAAUGGCAGCCUAUUUCCUACAUGGUGCACUACAUUUGACCAGAGCCUUAUAGGCGGCAGUACAUUUUUUUUUGAUUUGAUUGAUUAGGAUCCCCAUUAGUCUUAAUGGUGCACUAUAUAGGGAAAUAUAGUGCUCUACCCUAUAUAGUGCACUACCCACUGUCCCAGACCUGCUGUUUUCGACUCUCCCUCUCUACCGCACCUGCUGUCUCGACCUCUGAAUGCUCAGCUAUGAAAAGCCAACUGACCUGAGGUACUGACCUGUUGCACCCUCUACAACCACUGAUUAUUGUUUGACCCUGCUAGUCAACUAUGAACGUUUGAACAUCUUGAAGAACAAUCUGGCCUUAAAUGGCCAUGUACUUUUAUAAUCUCCACCCGGCACAGCCAGAAGAGGACUGGCCACCCCUCAGAGCCUGGUUCCUCUCUAGGUUUCUUCCAAGGUUCCUGCCUUUCUAGGGAGUUUUUCCUAGCCACCGUGCUUCUGCAUUGCUUGCUGUUUGGGGUUUUAGGCUGGGAUUCCCAAACACACUGCUCUCAUUGCUGCGUUUUUGAUGCAACAUUUUGUCUGAUUUCUGUAAUGACAUGUUACAGUCAUUACACAAAAUCAGAGGCCUAACUUUGUGUCUAUGAAUAGGCGAUAGGGUGCCAUUUGGAAAGCAGCCAUUGAAACACGUAGGCCUACACAGUUGCUCCAUAUGCACAGUUCCAUACUCGUCUGCGCUGAUUGUGGGUUUCAGGGAGAUGUUGGAUCUUCUCGUGCCUCAACGUCAUGCGCCUUCCCUUCAUGAAAAAGUUCAAUAUCGAGGAGUUUGAGUUCAGUCAGUCCUACCUCUUCUUCUGGGACAAGGUAAGACCACAUUUGUUUGUCUUAUUAAAAUCUCAUUUAUAUAUUUAGCAACGCUAGUAUAUACAAAGUGUUUGUUUACAUUUCAGGGGUGGGGUGUGAACAGUGUUGGUGUGUUUGGCAGUGUGUAUCUCUGGUACUAUUAGACUCAUUGUCUGCCUUAAACCCCCUUUGUGUGUGGCUCUCUGUACACUGGACAAUGUUGUACCGAUUGGACGUCACCGUGACUCUCUCUCUCUCUCUCUAUCUAAAUCUCUCUCUCUCGUCUCCUCUCUCCAUCAUGUCCCUUUUCUGCCUUCCCUCCCUCCCUCCCUCCCUCCCUCCCUCCUCCCUCCCUCCCUCCCUCCCUCCCUCCCUCCCUCCCUCCCUCCCUCCCUCCCUCCCUCCCUCCCUCCCUCCCUUCAGGUGGAGCGGUGCUACUACUUCCUGCAGGCCUGUGUGGAGACAGCCCAGAGGAAGGAGCCUGUAGACGGCAGACUGGUCCAGUUCCUUCUCUCCAAUCCCACCAACGACGGUGGCCAGUGGGAUAUGCUGGUCAACCUCAUUGGUCAGUUGACACCUGUUAUUACCCGAUCAGGGGAGUGUUGCUGCAACGCUUGCAUUAUGCUAUGUCAUUAUGUCAUGGCUGCGUCCCAAAGGGCACCCUAUUCCCUUUAACAUGUACUGCGUUUGACCAGGGGUCAUAUGUAGGGAAUAGAGUGCCCUUUAGGGACGCACCGUGUUACUACCUUAGUAACUGGACUGUAACUACUCGGCGGUGGCGGUUUACUGCAGAAAAUAAGCAAAAUUAUACUAGAACUGUCUAGAUUCUGUUUCUAAUGAGUUACUAUUGUAGUUACUGUGUAAUUCCUUGUAAUUAGACAUUCUAUGUAACUAUAUGGUAUAUGUGUCACUUUACGUAAUGUGCUUGCUCAUACCCUUUCACUGUUUUAAUGAGUCAGGUUUGUGGUUUAUAUUAAGUUUGCAUCCCAAAUAGCAUCCUAUUCCCUAUAUAGUGCAUUACAUUUGACCAGAGCCAAUCGGCAAAGCCUUAAAGUUAUGGUCCUCUGUGGCUCAGUUGGUAGAGCAUGGCGCUUGCAACACCAGGGUCGUGGGUUCGAUUCCAGCUGGGGCCUACCAUACGAAAAAUGUAUGCAUGCAUGACAGUAAGUCGCUUUUGGAGAAAAGUGUCCGCUAAAUGGCAUAUAUAUUUUAUUACCUUUCCCGGUCAUCAGAAAAGUACGGAGUUAUCCCAAAGAAAUGCUUCCCAGAGUCUCACAGCUCCGAGGCCUCACGGAGAAUGAAUGACAUCCUCAAUCACAAGGUAGGUUUAUUCACUUACAUCUUUACAACAUUCUGAUUCAUAAUUAUGUCUUGUGUAGAAAUACAAUAUCAAAACCUAGUCCUCCUGUUUCAUACCAAGACAAGGCAAUACAAGCAUAUACACUCUACUUAGCGCAGUGAAACACCACGGAAAGAGCAUAGAAGCCACCUUUAUUUUGGUGUCGUUUCUUAUAGAAGACCCAGAUAACUAACCCUAACCCAACAUGCUCCACAAUGUCAUUAGGUAAUAAAGAUAGCUGUGUAGUAUGUCAUGUCAAUGUUCGCUGGCUUUCAGCUGAGAGAAUACUGUCUAAGACUGCGGAACAUGGUGGCCAGUGAAUCCACUAAAGCCGAGCUGUCUGACGCAAUGGACACCAUGAUUGAGGAGGUAAGUGCAUGUUAGAGAAAGACACAUACGACUCACUCCAAACACAGCGCACAACAUACACACACCACACACACACACCGUUUUCCUCAGCACUUCAAUAAUGUUGUAGCGCUGCAUCAGUUUGUCCAGAGGAGGGGGCUGCAUAACAGCACAUAGAUCUUUGCUCCAUCCAGGGAAGGAAUAGGACACAUGCUGUAGCACGCCUGUAUGUAUUUAACACGGCAGGUCUUGGGUAGGCAAGGACAAUAACGAUUACGGCUCCAGUUAUUAUUAGGCAGUAUUUGUUUUCAGAUUUGAUAUUGGCCAUUCAAUUCAAAUCUAUCUGUCGCCUGUUGUAGCAGUACACAGAAGGCUACAGGUUGAUUACAAAGUUGUGUGCGUGAAUAGUACACUUCCCCAUCUAAUAUUGUUGACUUGAUAUUGUAUUGACUUUCACCACACCACUGAUUCCUCUAUCAAAUCUCGUAACAGUCAGACAGUGGAUAGACACCCUCCUCUGUUCAGAUAGAUAUCUAGGCCUAAUUGCUAGAUACCACCGCUGUUGGAAUUUGUUGUAGCUAAAUUCCCCCUUAAAUAAUCCCCCUAAUUUGUUUCUACCUUAAAUCAGGAUGUUUGACAUAAGUGGGCUUAGAAAAGAAACUGCUAUAAAUGCCCAAAUAGCGAUGUUUCUUUUGUUAAAGUGCUUUAUCGGUAGUAAUGAAUAAGGACAUAAUCACAAGCCCCUCCCAGCGCUACAUAACAUUGCGUAACCCAACUCUUACACAUUUAGCAACAAUGGCUGUAGUGAUAUAUGGUUCAUACUGUUUAUAAUCCACUGGUGACAGCUUGUGAUUCUAUACUUCUGGCAGCAAAGAGAGUGUGUGUCUGUCCACAUGCGUGUGUGUCCACAUGCACACACACACUCGCACUCACACACGCCUCACAGACCUGAUGACAGAAUGUUCCAUAAACAAGAUCUUUAUCGCAACGCUCCUGACAUUGAAUGGCGUAAGGCAAUUUCACUGUGAGAGAAAAACGUCAUAAUGUUGCAACAUUCCCAGUACCACUUAAGACAGAGGAGCCUUGGAGAAUGGAGGUGUGUGAGGCCAGUCAGUCAAUAUCACACAGCCAGAGAGAGAACAUUACAUAAAGGAUGUAGCUUUUGUGUGGAGCGGUUUUGCUGUAUAUGCCCGACUGCUUGUUUAAACAGACUACUAGCCUUGCUGCUCUGGAUGCCCUACGCUAGCUACAGUACGUUCUGAUUGCGCAACACUUCCAGUUCUCCCUCGUUGCACUUCUCCUAUGAACAAGAGAGGGGUUUGUUUGUCCACCUGGUAGUAGUUUGUUUUGUGUAACACAGCUCUGGCAGCCAGGGGGAGUGUGAAGAGAGAGAUGGGGGGGAUGUUGGACCAGCAGGGUGAGGGGUGUAACCAGUGCCUCUCCUCCCAUCCCGUGGGCCUCUGGACGGAGAAGGGUGCGCUGACUGCGCUUCCGGGCUUCUAUUUAUGCUUGGCAUCUUUGAAACAUCACUGUUGUGCCGUGAUUUAGAUUAGCUACUAGCUAGCGAGCCAACAAAUUAGCCAUAAUUAAUUAGGCUAGAAUACACUGUCAGAUGUGAUCAGUUAGUCGGGUCCUUUUUCAGUAAUUAACUUCUCUGUGUGCUCGUCACUCAAAAUGUGUUGACACAGUAGGGUUGCGUCCCAAAUGGCACACUGUUCCCUUUAUAGUGCACUAUAUAGGGAAUAGGGUGCCAUUUGGGACGCAUCCUAGGUCAUUUGAAACAUGUCAUGUUCAAUUAUAGAGUAUUGUAGUCCUUCUCCGAGUGUUGCAUGUGUCUUACCUCUCUUCUAUAGACCAGUGACACCUUGCAGUGUUCUGGGUUCAGACUGCACACGUAAACCAUGUAAACAUCAAGUAUGAGAGGUUGUGGGUUUGUGUGUGUGUUGGUGUGUGCUUGCAAAUGUGUGGGUUUUUACGUAUGUUUAGAAGUGGUGUGUGUGUGGGUUUGUAUGUAUGCUUAGAAGUGGCAUGUGUUUAUAUUCAGAAGUGGUGUUUGUGUGUCUGUGGUUACAUUUAGAGUUUGUGUGUGUUUACAUUUAGAGUUCGUGUGUGUGUCGUUACAUUUAGAGUUGGUGUGUGUCUGUGGUUACAUUUAGAGUUGGUGUGUGUGUCGUUACAUUUAGAGUUGGUGUGUCUGUGUUUACAUUUAGAGUUGGUGUGUGUCUUUGGUUACAUUUAGAGUUGGUGUGUGUGAGUCAUAGCUGAUCAAAGCUCCCAGACUCGGCCCUCAUUAAGCACGGGGAUGUCAGGCCUACUUUAGGGGGGGAGGGUCUGACGUUGUGCACACUCCCUGUGUGAGCAGUGUGACGGGGGGAUGGAGAGCAUCACUCUCUCCCCGUCCAGACUCCACAUAACAGGCCUGAGAGCCAGAGACCAGGCUGCACCACGUACCACCAUGCUACACACCAGCUUCAAAGACCUGGCGUCUCCCUUUAAUGUCCUGGUGUCUGCAGAAGCACACACAGACAUGUACACUGUAACAGGCGUGCAGGAGCGCACAAACACAGGGAGACGUUUACAAGCACACACACAGAUACAUGUACAGGCACACACACCACCUCACACGUAGGUAGUCUGACUGCUAGCACGCGACCACACGCACACACACACACACACACACACACACACGUUCCUCACAUCCUCUCUGCGGCACUCAUUCUGUCCGGUACAUGUUGCAUUGCGUCAUGCAGAAUGAAUCAUAAACAGUCCUUUGCUGCUUCUAAUGUAUAAAACGUGCCCAUUUGGGCGCCGGACAUUCUGAGUAGAAAUUCUCCUUCAGGCACGUAUGACUGUGUCCAAUAUAAGUGCUGUGUUUGUAGAUCGUAAAGAGUAAUUGAUUGGACAGUGAGUUGACAGACAUGCUACGUGUACGUUUAGAGUGGCUAAGUCUAAAUGGACUCUAUUCCCUAUAUAGUGGCUAAGUCUCAAUGGACUCUAUUCCCUAUAUAGUGGCUCAGUCUCAAUGGACUCUAUUCCCUAUAUAGUGGCUAAGUCUCAAUGGACUCUAUUCCCUAUAUAGUGGCUAAGUCUCAAUGGACUCUAUUCCCUAUAUAGUGGCUAAGUCUCAAUGGACUCUAUUCCCUAUAUAGUGGCUACGUCUCAAUGGACUCUAUUCCCUAUAUAGUGACUAAGUCUCAAUGGACUAUAUUCCCUAUAUAGUGGCUACGUCUCAAUGGACUCUAUUCCCUAUAUAGUGGCUACGUCUCAAUGGACUCUAUUCCCUAUGUAGUGGCUGUCUCAAUGGACUCUAUUCCCUAUAUAGUGGCUACGUCUCAAUGGACUAUAUUCCCUAUAUAGUGGCUACGUCUCAAUGGACUAUAUUCCCUAUAUAGUGGCUACGUCUCAAUGGACUCUAUUCCCUAUGUAGUGGCUGUCUCAAUGGACUCUAUUCCCUAUGUAGUGGCUAAGUCUCAAUGGACUCUAUUCCCUAUGUAGUGGCUAAGUCUCAAUGGACUCUAUUCCCUAUAUAGUUGCUGUCUCAAUGGACUCUAUUCCCUAUAUAGUGGCUACGUCUCAAUGGACUCUAUUCCCUAUAUAGUGGCUACAACUCCGGAGUGGCGCAGUGGUCUAAGACACUGUAUCGCAGUGUUAGCUGUGCCACUAGAGAUCCUGGUUCGAGUCCAGGCUCUGUCGCAGCCGGCCGCGACCGGGAGACCCAUGGGCGGCGCACAAUUGGUCCAGCGUCGUCCAAGGUAGGGGAGGGUUUGGCCGGCAGGGAUGUGGGUUCGCCCGUAUGAAGAAAAAAAAAUAAAUAAAAAAAAAUAACACAUGUAUGCACUCACUAACUGUAAGUCGCUCUGGAUAAGAGCGUCUGCUAAAUGACUAAAAUGUAAAUGUACGUCUCAAUGGACUCUAUUCCCUAUAUAAUGGCUACGUCUAAAUGGACUAUUUUCCCUAUGUAGUGCACUACUUUUGACAAGGUCCAAUUGGGGUCUCUGAUCAAACGUAGUGCACUAUAAAGGGAACAGGGUGCCGUUUGGGACGCAGACAGUGUGUUGGCCCAGCGCAGGCUGUAGCAGCAGGUCGCUGUGGGUGGGUUUGUGUUAUUGUGUGGGCUUGUUUGCCAGCACUGAAAAGCUGCCUGCCACACUUCAUAAGCUCAUAUUUCUUAAUCUAACAACAUUGUUACAAUCUGUAAUGACCCCAUGUGUUGUCUGUUUACAAAGCCAGAAAGUCUCAAUCAACCCCAGUCAAUUUCUUCUACCCCAGCUGCUCUCUCGUACGGGUCAUUUGCUUACAGUUUCAUCUAGGCUACAUUUUCAACUCUGUGUCCCAGGCCUUUGACUCGAAAGCAGCAUUUUGGAGUUGGAGUGCUGAUCUCUAGAAUCAGGUCACCCCUUUUUAUUUGUUGUGAUUCAAAAGAAAAACUGAUCCUAGAUCAGCACUCCAACUCUGAGACGCUUUGUGUGAAUACGGGCCGUGGCAGGGUCCACCCUUCACAGUUACCAGCAGAAGGUAUUAUAGUGUGGCGUGCUGUUGUCGUGUUCAUUUGUUUAUUUCUCUCCUAACAAGAGGUGAUUUCCCUCUGUUUGGGCAACGGGAGGUAAAUCAACAAACAAACAGGCAUGCGUGAGCCGAGGAGGAAAGGAUGGAGCGUGUGUGUUGCUGUAGCAUUGAUGCUAACUGGCUGUCGUGCUGUAGGUUCUCCAGUGUUUACUGCCAAGCAUGCAAACACAUGCUACGUAGGUACACUCAAAGGCUAGCAUGAUCCGCUGAGACACGCAGCCUCUCCGGGUGCCACGGCCAAUUACAGGCCUUGUUACCCACACCUGCGCUUCAUCCGUGUCACGUGACACAGGAAUAUGGUCUGCGUUGUCCCACAGGAGGCUGGGGUGGCUAGCUGUGGAUCGAGAGGCGCUUCCUUAAUCUAUCCAUACUGAGACUGUUCAAAUGAAAUGGGGUUGCGGGGCUUUUCUGUAGAUUUUUAGUACAGGGCCGUGUUCAUUAGGUACCAAACGGAAGAAAAUGGGCAGGAAGGGAUUAUCGUGUACCUUAAACUAAGAAACACUCCUUUUCGCUUUCCGUUGCAAAACCUUUGAAGACAAGAGCCAGGUCUUAGACUACUGUUAAUCAGUCCCAUGUUACCGUCUGGGUCGGUCUUUAUGAAGAUGGACACUUUCUUAUUACAACAUGUGUUUAAUGUUUAUCCAAGGCUAUUGUAGGACUGUCCUCUGGUGCAGGCGGUGCAAUUUCCCCCUACAAACACGGGUCACUUUUGCUUCCUGUCAAUAACAGGGGUUCCCAGCCGCCAUCUCAGAUAAGGCCCUAAUUCAAACCUGGCCGAGCAGAAAAUCAGGAGCCGGGUGGCCUUGAAGAUACCUGUCUGAGCUCAGAAACCACACAAAAACCUUACAAACCCACAGCAGCCAGCCUCCGACAGACGGCAGCCGUGGGUUUCUUGCUGUUGCGUUUUGCGUUCUUUCACCAGCUCCACCCAUCCCCUGAAGCAGUGUUUUGGAGGGGGAGGGAGGGAGAGGAGCUAUGCAGUGUAUGUCAGAAGAUAUACAGACAGUGACACAGACAUUAAAAAGAAAGCAAGCAGUCUCUAAAGACACUGGUCAAACACGGUGUCCAGCAUGGUCCAGCAGUCGUAAAUCGCCCCUCUCCCCCUCCAUUCUCAACCCAGUAUGUCUGUCCUCAGUCGAAGGGCCAGGGAAGGGUGGCAGGCAGGCAGGGAGGGAUGGAGGGUGGCCCGCCUGCUCUCCACACAUGGUCCUGUCAGCCUGCUUGUCCACGCUGAUGGAUGGCUGUCUGUGUCCUGAGAGGGAGGGAGGAAGGGAGAGCGCCAACAGGAUUGGUUGGAUAUCUGUAAGAGAUUAGGUAGCCUAGUACUGAGGAGGACUGUACUAGUGCUGAGAAAUUAACUGUGGGUAAACAUAGUGAAGGAAUACAAUGGAACAAGGCUACUCAUAAUCAACAUUUUAGCAGGUACAGGACAGAAGAGACAGUACCAAGUAUCUUGGCGGUAGUGCUAUAUACAUGACUCUAAUGGAGACGUGCCCAGCCCACCCAGUGUCUCGUGCUCAUCUUCCUCUGUCUGUCUGUUUUGGAGGCAGGUGUUUCAAUAUUGACUCACUGAGGGCUGUGCUGUUGCAGCCUGCUGAUGUCAGUGGAGCUCUGGCUCAUUGUUUUGUGAAGAGCAUAGCCUCGUUUCACCGGGUCUACAUGGAUGCUCUGUUGUGUUUGGACGGGACAGGCGUUUAUUUAAACGGCCAAGGAGGAGAGAGGGAUGUGAGGUGGGACAGGGGCCGUGGGCACGGGGGCAAAGGGGCCUGUUUGUGUGUUCGGGGCAUCUGGGGCCCGUGCUGGUUAAAUACAGGGCAGGGAGGGGCACCGUUGGCAUUUAGUCUGCGCCGUGGGGCAAAGGGACCGUGAAAACAAAAAACAGAGUCUUCAAGGCGCUGUCUUGUCAGGGUGUGGGAAAAGGUGAGGGUUACUGUGAGGGUCUGGGAAUGUGGCUGGGUGUGCUGUCUUUUUGAAAAUAGUUCUAUUUAUUUAACCUUUUACUUAACCAGUUGAGUCAGUAAGAUUUCAAAUUCUUAAUUUACAACAAGGGCCUAUGUGGGAAUUGUUGACUACUAUCAACCUGAACACAGGAAUGCCGUUAGUAGUUGAAGUAGUUGACACAGUGGAAAGUGCAGCAGCAACGGCCCCUGAGUGUCUCUGCUUUAGUGAAGAGCUCCGGGGCCAAAAAUAAUUCCCCAGCUCUAUUUUCACCCUAUGAGGAGUUUAAGUUGUCUGGACUUUUUGCCGAAAGUAAAUGAAAAUAGUUGGAGUCAAUGGGAAGUCCUCGUAAAUAUAGACGUGUCUGUGUGUAUUGCGUAUGUGUGCUCGCAUACUAGCGGUCAGACUACCUACGUGUACAUGCCAGUUUGGGAGUUGGUGCACACAUUUUAAGCCUGUUUGUGAUUGACCCCCCCGACGCAGGGUUAUCGAAGACCGACAAUGCAGGGUGUUCUCAAACCACCAAAACACCCGCUUAAAUAAUAUGCUUUGAUAGGACUGGUAUACACUGUAUGUAUUUUUAGAAGGAAAUUCCUGAGAUCGCGGUAUCAGUUUAAGGAAGGCUUAUUCUGAGAACCCUGUCAAAACAGACUGGUAGAGGCCAGAGGAACACCAGGGGAACAGUCAGAACCCAGAAGUACAGGAAGAGAGAGCGCUACAGCCAGGCUGAGAGAGUAAGAGGGAUUGGGAUUUGGCAGGGCGGAUAUCCUCCUCACACUACUGUUAAGCUCUUUUUGGUCGAGAGUUUGAGUUUUACAAUGGCACUUUUACAUAGAGACUAUGUGAUAGAUAUCAAUGUGCUUUCUCUGUGUCUUAUAGUGUUAAUGCAUGACGAACAUACGUGUUUUUUCGUGUGUAUGCGCGUGUGUACAGGUCUUCCGGGUGGCCAGUGUGUGUCUGGGCAGCCCUCCUGACUCCGUUAGUUGGGAGUACAGAGACAAGGACAAGAACUUCCACCGCAUGGGCCCCCUGUCCCCUCAGCAGUUCUACAAGGAGCUGGUCAAGCCCCUCUACAACAUCCAGGACAAGGUCAACUUUUUACCUAGCUUUAUUUAUUUAUUUGAAUGAAAUGUCAAUAUAGGCUUUGUGUCAUGCAGACCAGUGUUGAUCAUAAUUCAUUAUUACAAGAGGUCAUAAUUAUUAGGGCCAUGAGUUUUUCCUGGGGUUGCAAAAUUCCUGAAACAUUCCUAAAGAUCCUGGAAACGUUGGAAGUUUUCUGAAGUUUGCGACCCAGGAAAAGCACCGGGGCCCAGUUAGUCCAUAUUAGACCAAGGAUUGGGGUCAGGAAUUAAAACCUCUCUAUAUUAAUACCCUCUCUCCCUGUGUUUGUUGAUGAGCUGAGUCUAACCUCUGGUCUCCCUCCCACCUACCACCACAGAUCUGCCUGGUGAAUGACCCACGGCCUCAGAACCCCUACGAGAAGUUGUAUAGCGUUGAGUUCCUGGGCAACAUGGUGGGCGGACACAACACCCUGUAUAACAACCAGCCCAUCCAACUACUCAAAAAGGCAGCCGCAGACUCCAUCAAAGAGGGAGAGGUACUGUGUGUGGGGGUGUGUGCGUGUGAGCAUGAGUGUGUCUGGGAAGUUAGACAAUGUCUACGUUUGAGAACUGAGUGAGUAUGCAGGGAGACUACCUAUAACAUGUUUCUCUCCCUUUCUCUCUCUCUCUCGUAGGCUGUGUGGUUCGGUUGUGACGUGGGCAAGCAUUUCCAUGGCAAACUGGGCAUCAAUGACAUGAACGUGUGAGUAUUAUGAGAGAGAGGCAUAAAUGCGUCAACAUCACAUGUAUAACUCACUAUCAGUCAGAUCUGUGUGUGUGAGAGACAGAGAGAGAUCUCAUCCUGUCCCUACCUGUGUUCCCCCCUCUCUCAGGUUCAACCAUGAGUUGGUGUUUGGGGUGUCAGUAAAGAACCUGUCCAAGGCAGAUAGACUGAUCUUCGGAGAUUCCCUCAUGACCCACGCCAUGAUCCUCACUGCUGUCACCGACAAGGUAGCACACAUACGUACACACACACACUGUACAUACGCACCGCAUUUGAGUGUUUCCCAGUGACUCUGUACCAAAGGCAUCCAGUGUGUGUUUACAGUUUUUUUAAAUCGGCUGCAGGUUUUAAAAUGGCUGUCAAUUUCCCCCCUGUAAGUGACCCCAGCUGUCUCCUCCUUCCCCUCAAAACAGCUGGACAGUUACACAACAUAGGAGUUACCAGUUCUGACCUGCACCCCACUGGGAAUCACGCACUCCUCUCUUAUUGAUGAACAUACUGUAUAAUUGCUGUAUAUUCUCCCACCAUGUUCUCUGUCUCUCUCUUUAUCUCUCUCCCUCUUCUCUCUCUAGCAGGAUGAAAAGGAUGGAGGUUAUGAGAAGUGGAGGGUGGAGAACUCCUGGGGUGACGACCGUGGGAAUAAAGGUGAGAGCUGAGUCAGCCAGAGGUCAGAGGAUGAGGAGAGGGCCCGUUCUCACCAAGCUGUCUGCCUCUCGCAACAUGAGAGCCACUCUAGGUCUGCCUGAGCCAAGCUAUGUGAAGCGCAGACCCCUCCUCUUCUCUCUUCCCUCUCUCUCACCACAGGGCUCAGUGUACAAUCAUAGGGACAGUUGGAUUUCCUGUCGGGUCGAUUGAAUUUAAAGUAGGAUUAGCGAAAAAAAUUUGUUAUGAAAUCAGAAUUGACUUCUGGUGUGGAGGGUUGGGGUUAGUUUUGCAGCAUUCUCUCAUGUCUGGCCCCCUACCGUAGCUUUGUCUGUUAAGGCUAUGAACCCUGGAGGGAGAGAAAGCACAAUAACAGGGCUGUUUCCCCAUCUCUGACAACUGCCCUUUGUCCCUCUCACAACACAACAGUACGCCAUUUUGUUUCCGCCUCCAGACUUCCUCUGUGUCAGACUCAGGCACUGUCAGACUACAGGCCUGGGUUCAAAUAGUAUUUUUCUUCCAUCAAGCGCCGCUAAAACGUUUGAAAGGAAACAAAUACUGAACCCAUCUCUGUUGGGACUGUAUGGCUUUUAAAUCAAGAGACGUAAUUAUCCACCAUUCCCACCUCUCUCUUUCUCUCUCCCCCCUCUGUCUCUCUCUCACUCUUUCCCCCCUCUCUCUUCUCUCUCCAUCCCUACGCACCCUGUGCUCUACAUUCCAGUGCAAAUUAUUUGGGAAUAGUCCCACUUUCUGGUCAAUGACUUCAUAUCAUCUGCAUAUUGAGAAUAUAAAAAAAAAACCUACCACCAAAGCUUCCUCAAAUCAACUGUAUUUCACUCAUAUUCCAUUCCAUAAACAUCUAUGCAGAUAGGAGAAAGCCUUCAAAUCCGCUCUCUUUUCCCUCGGAUGUAUUAAUAAAGUUAUUGAAAACAAACGGUGUGGAGGACGGCGGCGGUUGUGGCGGUGAGCACUGUUUGUUGGACAGCUGGAGGCGGUGACAGGGAGGGAGGACUUGUCAACGCCACGAUGGAUGGAGAACAUUUUCGAGGGUUAACAUCUCUCCAAUUUCCUGUAAUAUUUUGUUUCCCCCAAGGGGAUCCCACCUAAUUAGGUUAACACCGUGGUGCCUGGUUCAAACUGCUCAAACCUUUCAAAUGCCAGAGCUUUUCUCAAGAUGGAUUAUUAUGGCCUCAGAGUGCACUAUUUGUACUUUUACCCAAUUUUAUUAUACAAAUAUGGGAAAUGUUGGCCAAUCUGACGUGAUAUUUCAUUGUGACAGACUGUUUAUAGGCUAGAGGUGCCCUUCUCAACGCACCUCUCGGAUUCUACACGACCCCUUUUACAACUACUUCGGUAUAGUGAGAAACAAUAUUUGUACUGGCUAUUGCAAUUCCCUUGUUAACGUAUCACGUUACCGGGCAGACUAUGGACACACUCUUAUAUCUGCUAUUACAAUCUGCUAUUACAUGUAGGAUGGUGAUGUCAUCGCAGAUAGGUUUUGAAAAUAAUUGUCUCGUUUUCGCGAACUAAGGAGAUGAUGGAAACAGUAUGUGGUGCAGACAGUGCUCUCUUUAGCAGUCUGUGACCUGUGUUGCUCAGGACAUUUCAGCUGUACUAUUCUAUCUAAAGCAGAACAGUUCAUCUGAAUAAACUCCAUCCACAGCUCUCCCUGUAAGACGGCGUAGGACACAUCUGCAGUCCCGUUAAGACAAAUAAUGACGCUAUACGAAACCGCCACCCGACACGCACACAUCUUUCCUGGAAACUGGAAAGGAAGAACACGCAGAAUGAACACAGAAUGAAUAACACACAGAACCGGGGGUAUUGUUUUGAGCUCAGGCACGUUUUCCGAGGUCCCCGUGACGUCAUCGAUAACUGAACUUUUCAGCGGGGGGCCGCUCUGAACACACUGCCCGGGUCCAGAGAUGAGAAGAAAAUCAAACAGCGGUCAUAUAAUCUGGUCUGGUCCCCAGCUCUGACGUUACACAACCCUGCAUAACCACAGGGUUGUGUUCAUUAGGCACCAAACGGAAGAAAACAGUCUGAAACAGGAAUGGACUACCUGGACUUAAAAAUUCGUUGGAAAAUGUUUUCUACGUGCCCAAAUGAACCCGCCCGUGCCUGCUCAAAUCCCAAGUCUCCUCCUAUCGCGACGUGGACAGAUUGGAGCUGUUCUGUUCCUGUCUGUAGUCUGGGUUGUCAGUUUGUUCAGACGGGCCUAUUGCUCUUGUAGAUAAAUUAGAACAAUGUAUGAGGAAUGCCUCUAUUGUCAUUACGCAUCCUGCUCUCGUCAGCCUAAUCUCUUCAUAUCAAGUGUUUAUAUACUAUUCUUUAUGAUUUGACGUCCUCUCUGUCCUUGGCCUGUGUGUCUGUACGUGUUCUCAGGGCCAAGGUCUGUGAGUGGGAUCAUGUACACUGAAGGUUGUGUUUCUGGGCUUGUUAUGAAAAUGUAUUAGAGCAGGAGGAAGUGGCAUUCGAGACAUUCUUUAAUCUGUUUUUGGGGGGAGGAUAAAGUGGCCUAAUUUUUUAAAUUAAUUUUAUUUCACCUUUAUUUAACCAGGUAAGCCAGUUGAGAACAAGUUGUCAUUUACAACUGCGACCCGGCCAAGAUAAAACAAAGCAGUGUGAUAAAAACAACAACAACACAGAGUUACAUAUGGGAUAAACAAAACGUACAGUCAAUAACACAAUAGAAAAUCUAUAUACAGUGUGUGCAAAUGUAGUAAGUUAUGGAGGUAAGGCAAUAAAUAGGCCAUAGUGCAAAAUAAUUACAAUUUAGUAUUAACACUGGAGUGAUAGAUGUGCAGAAGAUGAUGUGCAAAUAGAGAUACUGGGGUGCAAAUGAGCAAAAUAAAUAACAAUAUGGGGAUGAGGUAGUUGGGUGGGCUAAUUACAGAUGGGCUGUGUACAGGUGCAGUGAUCGGUAAGCUGCUCUGACAACUGAUGCUUAAAGUUAGUGAGGGAGAUAAGAGUCUAAUGCUGUGUUAAUGAAUCAAAUUCUGUGUGUCGGUCAGUCCCUCCCUUGCAAUCUGGAGAUUUAUCGGGCUGGGGUGUGCGAGGUCAGAACAGAAGUGUGGGACAGACCUGGGUUCAAAUACUAUUUGACAUCAUUUCAAAUACUUAAGCUUGGCUUGCCUGGUGCAAUGGAACCAAUAGAAAAGUCCCAGAAGUGCAAACCCAGCCCACCUGGCACUCCAUGCAGGCUAAAGCAAAACAGUCCUUAGCCGUGCAUUCGAAAGAUUUGAAAUAGUAUUUGAACCCAGGUGUUGUGUGCGACAGAGACAAACCGGGUGGAGGUCCGUCCUUCCCUCCUCUCCCUGUGGAACAAUAGGUCUGAGACCAGGGGUGCUGACGGACGCCCCUCUUAUCAGGUCUCUCACUUUAGAACACUCACACUCAUUGCUUUCAGUAUAGGGCAGUCCACUGAAGUACAGAGUGAGUCACUGGUACUGCUGUUAGCUAAUGAAUUUCAGACUGACUGGUCUUAGAGAUGGAUGUUAUUCAAGACUAAUGAUUCAUGAAAAGGAACUCAAGCAGUGCAUAGGUGAUCUUGACGCUCUACAGAUUGAGUGGAUCUUAUACCAACAAUCUCAAUACACCUUCAUCAGGUCUUUUUUAACCUUUAACUAUAUGAAUUAACCCAAUGUAUCUCCAUGUGUGUGUGCAGGUUACCUAAUCAUGACCGACGAAUGGUUCUCUGAAUACGUGUACGAGGUGGUCGUGGACAAGAAGUACCUGGCCCCCGAGGUGCUGGAAGUAAUGCAGAAGGAGCCCAUCGUCCUUCCUGCCUGGGACCCAAUGGGAGCCUUGGCCUUGUAACUAUGGAAUCAGAGGGUGCCACCCCAUCCCACCCACCCGGUCUCAGCCUUGGUCUGUUUGACUCUGCCCCAUCUCUCUGGUUUUACCCCUCCAUAGACUUCCACCCACCACAGCCUGUUCUCUAGACAAAUAAUAAAAGUUCGUUUUUUUACUGGAAAAACACACGUCUUCUUUCGGCCAUUUUGUUUUGUCCAUGACCUCUUGUGCUUCUCUCUGCCACCAGGCACCAGUGGAGUUUAUUGCAAUUCAGGUUUUUUUGGGGUGUCCUCUGGCUUCAUAAACAUUCUGUGGGUUGUAGAAUGCUCUGGGGUUGUUAAAAGGUCUGUAUGUACCAUCUCUUUGUUAUGGCUGAUUGAGGGUCACGUCCUACGUAAGUAUUCCAUCCCAGUCCUUCACCAGGAGACACACACAUCCACACAACCAGUCCUAGCUGUAUGAGGCCCAGCAUAAUACCAUCCCUUCCUCUCUGCUAGCUUCCCUAGGUCAGAGGUCAGGUCAGAGCGGCCAGGCUAGAGUGAGGUGUGUGUGAGAGAGAGUUAGGCAGGGCUGUCAGGAAGCAGUGUACCAGUUGCCCACCCUCUGACCCCCCGCCAUGGUCCAAUCCGGUGAGUUAUCAUCCACUGACAGCCCCUCUGAGAAGGGGAAGUGCCAGUUCAGCACAUCAGCAUCCAGGGGAGCAUAACAGCACGUCUAUGACAGGUUCAGUCAGAGUUUAGUGGUGGUGGUCAGACUAGUAUGUUUUUGUGAAUAAGCAGUAGGGGGAACUCAACUCAGACACAUUAAGUUCAGUUCAUGUGGAUAGAGACAUCAGUGACUACCCCCUCCCCCCCCUGUGAACUUCACCCUGCUGCUCCUCGCCGUAUGCCCUGCUUUACUGUGAGCUCUGCCUGGAAUGAGGGGUGACAGACGGGCUGGCUGGAGCUCGGAGGCAAGGUGUCUGGAGCUGGGGGUCUGGAGGGGUCAGCUCAGUCCCCUGGAACCCCAGCCGUGUGAAGCCUACCACAGCCCCUCUCCUCCACUCCUCCGACCCCACUAUUAAAUCAUUACAACGCCCAAAGAUGUCCGAACCGACAAACGCAGGAACGGCCGGCAAUUGAGGUUCCAAGAACCCCGACCCCUGAAUUCCAACCCUCCUGAGUGGCCAAACACGGGCCAUAAAUUACCCAUGGGGUCAGACAGAAGAGAGGGAGAGUGUGUAUCCCUCCGUGGUCCACUGGCUUUCUCUCUUGCUCUCUUGGCUCCUUCAUUUGCGUCAUGCCUCUGUCUCACUUUUCACCAGGUCUCCCCUGUUGGCACAUAAGAGACUUGUUAUUGAUAAGCCCCUUUGGACUACUCAUUUUCCAUGCUUUGUUAGUUUGGCUCGCUGUUAUCUGCAGCGUCCAUCUUGAUGCUUUGUCAUAGCUAUGAAUGUUCCAAUGCAGAUUUCUCCUGUAUUUAGGGAGCACUGUAUAAGUGGAACACAUGGAGGUGAGAACCAUACAGGUCCAUAAUGACAGACCUCUCACCUUAGGUCCAUGUUUAUGGAUAAUCCCAAGUCUCAGAGGAGGAGUGCUGAGCUCAGAUCAGUUUUGCGUUUUAGAUCAUAAUGAAAAAUAGAUGUAUAGAGACAGGGGACCUGAUCCUUUAUCAGCACUCCUAUUCUCACUACUACCGAGACGUUACGUCACUACCAAGGGUUUAUCUGGGUUCAAAGUCCUAAUGCCUUUGUUUCACACCAACUUAAAACCCUCUGUAGAGGAUGGAUUGUUCUGCUUUAUUUAUUAUGUGUGUGUGUGUGUGUGUGUGUGUGUGUGUGAGAGAGAGAGAGAGAGAGAGAUGGGGAUUAAUCUACUGCAGCUUGGAAACAGAUUGGAGUGACUCGCACUCGCAGCAGCACCCCCACUCUGGUUAAGAGUGAGGCAUUGUGAGUAUCUCUGUGUAAAAGUUGUCAUGAUUACAAUGAUUGGGUUGUUUUCUGUGUCUUGACUCUCUCUCUGUGGCGGGACUUGGAAGUCUCUAACCUAGAGACUUAAUCCUGACAAAGGGGGCUUCAUUCCACACACAUACACACAUGGUGUAUGAUAGUCUUAUGCAGGUGGCUGUAAGAGGAAUCAGGGAUAGCUCCCCUUCAGAAAAACGCGUCUUGGAUUAGGAGCAAGGGAUCCCUGCACUGACAAAAGCUGUGUGUGUUUGUCUAAUCAAGGCAAAGUAGACUGUGGCCUUGGGUAAGCCGAGCUCUGUCUAGUGUGUAUCAGUGCCCUGCCUCUCCGGGAUGCUGAAUCGGGACUGGGAGUGAGCUGGACGUCUAUGGACAGCAGAGCUGGUCGCUGGUCCCAGCAGCACCCCACUCCACCCCAUCCUCUCUUUCUCCCUCUCACCCACCAUUCUAAGUUAUCCACAGCUUGGACCUGACCUAUUGCUACAGUAGGAUUGCUUUUGCUCCAGUUCCACAGACUUUCCACAGUCCCGUACCAAGAUUAACACACAUUCAUAUGGGUUUGUGUACAGGGAAUAGAAUGAAAUACUUAAUGAAAAUGUUAAUUAGGAUAUAAUACAUAGUGUAUGAAUACACAACAACAUGAUAUGAUUUUUCCAGCCUCUCAAACAACCAUGAAGUAAUGGUUCUGUAUCUAUAAAUCAUUGGCUCUCAAACUUGGAUGGCCUUGCUGUUUAGUGUCGGGAAACUCACCAGGGAGAAUCAAUGGAGAUUACUGUAGGCCUGUUUGAUAGCGUCCGGGUACUGCUUGUGUGAGCCCUUCACAUCUGCUGGGGAUUAUUACUGUUAGUUAUUCUAUUAUUCAACCUCUUCCGAAUCAUAUACCAUGGUUGUAUAUGACAGCGGUUGGAUUUUCAAUGAGUCUUGCUAUAAUGACCGCAAUACAUUCUAUAUGUUUGUCCCAAAUUGAACAGCACCUAUAAUCCCAGCCCUGUGUUGUUGUUAUGGGGAUUGAGUGAGUGCAGUUCCUCUGAGCUGUACCAGAGGGAGCUCUUCUAUCCCUGAACCGCGUCAGCUGGGACAAUCCCAGCCUGUUGUGUUGAUGAGCAGUACUCUGUCUAGACAGACCGAGGGCCUAGAGGGAGAGGAGAGACUGGUAGGAAUGACUGUGCCACGGAGAAGAGAAGGGUGA